UCAGCAAAUGUAAUGCAGUCACGGCUCCUAGCUAGAAAGUGAAUUAGCGAACAACCGACCAAUUAGAGUGAAGUAGUGUUUAGCAUUGGAGCGGUAUCGAAGUGGUAUUUUUGAUUGGGUCGGCUGGAGCUGGUGGCGCGAGGGUCUGCGAGUCCCAGCCAGCAGUGGCAGUCAGCGUCAAGUCGUCAGUGGGAGCAGGCGACUGCGCGGCCGCGAGACUUACUGCUAUCGUGUUCAAACACGAUACUCUUCAAACAAAUUCGCGAUUAGCAAGUCAAAUAAUUGAUAGGACGUUGUGUUUGGUCGAGAUACAGUUUAGUCACUCGGAGUUCUUCACGGUUAGAAAGGAAAACUAUGUAGGAGGCAUUUUCAGCACUACUGAAAAGUUUUGGCAAUUUGGCUGAAGAUUAGCGGAUAAUUAUAAAAUAGUUACCGCCAUGAUGUGCGGCUUACGUUAUCUGAAGACGUUGCUCCUGAUAUCGGCCACCAAUGCCUUUAUCACCAGCACGGGCUCCAACGACAUCAGCCACCUGCAGAAGCAGCUGUACACGAACCCUGGCAGCGCGCUGUACCCACAGGCGACGGAGACCAGGGACCUCAAGACCUUGGAUGGGAUAUGGAACUUCAGGAAGUCGCCGUCCGCUGACCCCGAGAUCGGGUACCGGGAGAAGUGGUACCGGUGGGACCUGGCUGAGACUGGCGAGGUGAUCCCGAUGCCGGUGCCCGCCUCGUACAACGACGUAGGCGAGGACCGGUCCCUGCGCGACCACGUGGGGCUGGUGUGGUACGACCGCCGCUUCCACGUGCCCUCCUGGUGGAAGACCAGCAACCAGCGCGUGUGGCUGCGCUUCAGCAGCGUGCAUUAUGCUGCGCAAGUUUGGGUGAACGGCAUAUCGCAGACGUACCACGAGUUCGGCCACUUGCCGUUCGAGGUGGACGUGACGGAGGCGGUGCGCGGCAACUCCUCCCACCUGCUGACCGUCGCCGUGGACAACAUGCUGCUGGGCGACACCGUGCCGCAGGGACGGGUCUCAUACGAGAAGUUCCUCGGCAAGACGAAGGUGAUGCAGAGCUACACAUUCGACUUCUUCAACUACGCGGGCAUCCACCGCUCCGUGUUCCUGUACUCCACGCCGCAGGUCUACAUCGAGGACGUCAUCGUCAAUACUGAUAUACAGGGGCUUACUGGCUUCGUAGUCUACAACGUGACGUUCAAGGGCGCUCCGGCCAGCGAGGUGAGCUGCCUGGUGCAGCUGCAGCUGCAGAACGGGUCGCAGGUGGCGGCUCUGCAGGACUGCGCCGGCCUGCUCGAGGUCGCCAACGCCAACUUCUGGUGGCCCUACCUGAUGCAUGCGGAGCCGGGCUACUUGUAUAAUAUGAAGGUGUCGCUACUGGGAUUGUCUGGUGAGCUUCUGGACACGUAUACGCAGAAGAUAGGCAUCCGCACCGUGACGUGGACCUCGCAGUCCAUGUUCAUCAACCACAAGCCCAUCUACUUCCGAGGGUUCGGCAUGCACGAGGACUCCGAUAUGCGUGGCAAAGGGUGGGAUCCAGUUCUCUGGGUUAAAAACUUCAAUCUUAUCAAAUGGAUGGGUGGAAAUGUGUUCCGCACCUCUCACUACCCGUACGCCGAAGAGAUCUACCAGCUGGCGGACGAGCUCGGCAUCAUGAUCAUAGAUGAAUGCCCUAGCGUUGAUACAGACCUCUUCACGGACGUUCUCCUGACGAAGCACAAGCAGUCGCUGACGGAGCUCAUCAGGAGGGACAAGAACCACCCCAGCGUCGUCAUGUGGUCUGUUUCCAACGAACCCAGGACGCAGGACCCUCUUGCUGAUAACUACUUCAGAGACAUCGUGAAGCACGUUAAAUCAAUGGAUCUUUCCCGACCUGUGAGCCUCGCAAUGGCACAACCGAUUGAUCGGGAUAAGGCGGCGAAGCACCUGGACAUAAUAAUGUUCAACCGGUACAACUCGUGGUACAGUUCGACCGGGCAGCUGGACAAGAUCGUGCCGGGCGUGGUGAACGAGGCCCGCGGCUGGUUCAACCGGUACAACAAGCCGGUACUCAUGUCCGAGUAUGGAGCCGACACCAUCGCCGGAAUGCACAUUAUGCCAGAGUACGUAUGGUCGGAGGAGUACCAGGUGUCGUGCCUGGCGGAGCACUUCAAGGCCUUCGACCAGCUCCGCGGGCUCGGCUUCUUCAUCGGGGAGUUCGUCUGGAACUUCGCCGACUUCAACACGGCGCAAACCACUACCCGUGCUGGCGGCAACAAGAAGGGAAUCUUCACCCGGUCGAGGCAGCCCAAGGCGGCGGCGCACCACAUGAGGGUUCGCUACCACCAGCUUGCCACGGCCGACUACAAGUCCCCUUCACCCAAGGACCUCACGUACUACACCAGCGACCGGAAACCCUUAAUAUACGACGAAUUGUAACAGACUGUAAAGCACAGAGGCUGAGUGUACAACGCUUGCAUUUAAAUUUAUAGUGUUCAUAGAAUAAGGCACUGGGUCACUCUAUAAAUCGACGAACGAACGUUCGUUUUCUGUAGUGACCCCCUGUUUCUCGGAGCGAUUCUUGCCUGCCGAAGUAGAAUAAUUUAGUGCCGUAUGAAGACUGCGUUGCAGUGCAUUUCGUUUAGUUUAGUUUCGUGUAAGUAGUUAAGUAGUAGUGCAGAAGGUUUGGUUAGGCUUUGCCGUUAUCCUUCCAAAAAACUUGUAGGUCAUAUGCAUGGAAUAAACUCAUGCUUAUACCUAUACAAUAGGUAACUUAGAUCUAUUCUAUAAUAACUGAUACUUUUACUCUCAUAGAAUGUUUUAAUGUGCUGUUUAAUUAAUCAGUUAUUUUGUAUUUGAGAUGGCAAUAGGUAUUUCUUUGAUAAACUUUUUUUGGUACCUAGUUACUUAGGUCCUUUAGCAUAUCGUCUCACACUAGUAAUGACAGUGUUUUUAACUUUUGGUAUACUUAAAUAACUACCUACAAUAUCCCAAUAUCAAUUAAUAUUAAAAUGUGCCUUUUAAUUUUAAUAAAUAAUCAUUUUAGUUCAUAUUAGAUUAAGUAGGCAACUAAGUAUAUUUUUCUACAAACUGUUGACGUAUUAAAAUAAAAAGGAUAGUACCUUUAGGUGUAGGUAGUAAGUCAACAUUGUACCUAGUUAUGUAGAAAGAAGUAGAAACUCGAGUGAUGACGAUGAUGAUGAUGAUUAUGAGUUGAAAUGGACACAACACAAACCAAUAAAUUUAUAAAAAAAUAGUUUUUUCUCAAAUAUACGAGUAGCACCAAUGGUUUCUGUUGCACAUUAAUAUUAAAGUAAUUUGAAUGGAUUUGGUUGGACAUGGGUAGAUGGGUGUAUUAAAUGCUGGUAAGUACUAUUAGUAACUAUUCUCUUUACUACCUCCUAAUACCUACCCGACAUGACCAUUGAACAUAUUGAAUCAUGAGUAGGUAACACUUAAUAGUUAGUAAUUAACUUUUAUUAGUUAGGUAAUUUCAGUAUUCAUUAGAAAUUAUGAUGUUAAUAAUGUACCUAUUAGGUAAAAAUAAUAACAGUACAAAAUUAA